AUGAUUAAGCUUCUUGGUUCCAAUCCAUGGCAUGGCAAUGCCAUUUCUGGGGUUCUUCGGACACUAUUUUACUCAACUGAGGCCCUGGCCUCCUGUUCACCCCCAUUUGAAACUCUGUACCAUAGAAUUUCCCGGGCUGGAAACCCUAGGGUUUCCAUUGUCCCAGUGCUCGAUCAGUGGAUCGAAGAAGGGAGAGACGUCAAUAAAUCAGAGCUCCAAAGUUUCGUCAAGAUGCUCCGCAAAUAUCGCCGCUACAGCCACGCUCUUCAGAUUUCAGAAUGGAUGAGUGAUGCAAGGAACCAUGAUCUAUCUCCUGGAGACAUCGCGAUUCGGCUAGAUUUGAUCUCGAAAGUUUGUGGCCUAGAACAAGCUGAGAUGUAUUUUAAUAGCCUCCCAGACCCAUUGAGAAAUUUCAAAGUGUAUGGUGCUCUUUUAUUCUGCUCUGUAGAGCAUAAAUCUUUGGAAAAGGCUGAGAAUCUUUUUGAGAAGAUGAAGGAGUUAGGUUAUGUGAAAGGAGCAUUGCCUUAUAAUGUUAUGUUAACCCUCUAUUCGCAGUUGGGUCAACAUGAAAAACUAGAUAUUCUGGUCAAAGAGAUGGAAGAAAAAGUUAUUGAUUAUGACAGCUUCACAUUGAAGAUUCAGUUGAACUUGUAUGCAAACACUUCUGACAUAGACAGAAUGGAGAAGCUUUUAAUGAAGAUAGAAGCUGAUCCUUUGGUCACAGUAGACUGGAAUGGUUAUGUUGUUGCAGCGAAAGGGUUCUUGAAAGCUGGCUUAUUGGAGAAGGCAUCAUCAAUGCUUAGGCGAUCCGAGCAACUUGUUAGCAAUCAAACAAGGACACUUGCUUAUGAAAUCUUCCUCAGUUUAUACGCUGCUAUUGGGAAUAAAGAGGAGGUUUAUCGUAUUUGGAAUAUGUACAAAUUUAUGGCCAGAUUUAAAAAUUCCGGCUAUCUUUGUAUGUUAAGUUCAUUAGUGAAGCUGGAUGACAUUGAUGGUGCUGAGAUGAUCGUGGAGGAAUGGGACUCUGGGGCAAAGUUCUUUGACAUUCGAAUUCCCAACUUUCUGAUCACUACUUACUGCAAGAAAGGUCUUUUGGUGAAGGCUGAAUCAUAUAUAAAUAAGCUUGAAGAGAGCGGAAAGCCACUGGAUGCAAGCACAUGGACUCGUUUGGCGGCCGGUUAUCAUAUGCAUGGUCAGAUGGCGAAGGCAGUGGAAACAAUGAAAAGGGCAAUAUUGGCAAGUCAACCAGGAUGGGAGUUGAAUCAUUUAAUUUUGGCUGCAUGUCUUGAGUACUUGAAAGAGAAGGGAAAUUUGGAAGUUGCACACGAGCUUCUGAGUUUAAUUAGAGAAAGGGAUCAUUUUUCAGAAGAAUUGUGUGAUAAAUUAGAAAAGUAUAUUAUUUAG